AUGGCUCAAAACACUCGUGAUAAAGUUAAAUGUAAAUUAAAAAAGCUAAUUGAUACAGGAAAAACGUUAUUAGAGUCAGAACUACCAACUUUAAGAGAUGUUUUAAGAUAUGCAUUACGAUUUGGUACAAGUAACAGAGCAACUGCAUCAAUAGGCACUGCAACAUUAAAAGCAGCCAAAGAUGCAGGUUUUUUGAAAGAUCAUAUACUUGAUAAACACCUAGCUCUAAAUCAUAAAAAAAUUGAGAGAUCAAAGCAAAGAGUAAUGAAUGUCUGUAAAGAGAGACAUAAUAAUGAAGUUAAGAAAGAGGGCAUACAAUGUAUUAUGUUUGAUGGUAGAAAAGACCUUACUAAAGCAGUUGUAUAUGGCAAUGAUGGUAAAUCUUAUCCUAGGGAGAUCAAAGAAGAUCAUUAUAGUGUCUGUUCUGAACCUGGUGGAAAAUAUUUAUUCCACUUUGUAAAUAAUUCAGAGGAGAGAGAAGCUCGAACACCUGCUGAACAUAUUGCUGAACAACUAUAUGAUUGGAUAAUAGCACAUGGCAUUGAAAACCAAUUAAUUGCAAUUGGAGGAGAUUCAACCAACCUUAACACAGGUUGGAAGGGUGGAAUUAUUCAAUUUUUAGAGAAAAAACUAGGAUUCAAACUUAUCUGGAUUAUUUGUGCGCUACAUACCAACGAAUUGCCACUUAGACAUUUAAUGUUAGCUUUAGAUGGAAAAACUUUAUCUGAAAAUAGAUUCUCAGGAAACAUCGGAAAACUUAUCAACAUAGCAACAAAUCUUCCUAUUUUGACAUGCAUCCCUCAGCUUGAUUUUGUUGCAGACCUAAUUUAUCUCGAGAAAGAAGUUGUAGAUUCACUGUCUACAGAUCAGAAGAUUUGUACAGAAUACAUAAUGCAAUAG